GGUAAUACGUCAUCCCGCCGCCAUAGCUGUCUUCCUGCACCGGCUGAAGGAGUCUGGAGUCAUGAGAGGAAUCCGGUCUCUCAACAGUCUCCCCAAACGUUGCUAUGCUGCUGCCAGGAGGAGUGAAGCUCUGACUGAACCUCUUUCAGCCCGCGCUCCGUCCAAAGCUGCAGCCCUCACGCCCCAAAAUGUCCAGGUGUCGAAGCUUCCCAACGGUCUGGUGAUCGCGUCCCUGGAGAAUAACUCUCCUCUGUCCAGAGUCGGAGUGUUUGUGAAGGCUGGGAGUCGCUAUGAGGGACUGGAGAACCAGGGAGUCUCUCAUGUGCUGCGGCUGGCUGCAAACCUGACGACUAAAGGAGCUUCUGGCUUCAAGAUCUGUCGGAGUGUGGAGGCUCUGGGAGGCAGCCUGAGUGUGACGUCGUCAAGGGAGACCACCGUCUACACCGCAGACUGUCUGAGACAUCACCUAGAUACGUUACUUGAGUGUCUGGUGGACGUGACUGCGUCUCAGGACUUCCGGCCCUGGGAGGUGAACGACCUGACGUCCAGGGUGAAGAUCGACAAGGCUCUGGCUCUGCAGUGUCCUCAGAUCGGUGUAGUUGAGAAGCUGCAUGAAGCAGCGUAUAAAAACGCCCUCUCCAACUCUCUGUACUGCCCCGACUACAUGGUGGGACACGUCUCCCACACACAGCUGCAGUCGUUUGUUGAGGACACUUUCACCACUGGCAGAAUGGCUCUGGUAGGACUAGGUGUGGAGCACUCUGUCCUGAGGCAGGAGGGGGAGGGGCUCCUGAGUGCCCGCGGCGGGACCGGAGCACCCGUGGCGAAGGCCGUGUACCGUGGAGGUGAGGUGAGAAUGCACAACAACAACGAUCUGGUCCACGCUCUGAUCACCAGCGAGGGCGGAGUGUCAGGGAGUGCAGAGGCUAACGCUUUCUGCGUGCUGCAAAGGAUUCUGGGAGCUGGGCCGCAUGUCAAGAGGGGCUCCAACAUCACCAGCAGACUGAGCCAGGGCAUCGCCAAGGCAACCACACAGCCCUUUGAUGCGUCGGCCUUCAACGCCUCGUACUCCGACUCCGGCCUGUUUGGCGUCUACACCAUCGCACAAGCUGACGCUGCAGGAGAGGUGAUCAAAGCUGCCGUUGCUCAGGUGAGCAGCGUUGCCGAGGGAAACGUGUCCGACGCCGACGUCACCAGAGCAAAGAACCAGAUGAAAGCAGACUACCUGAUGUCCAUAGAGAGCUCUGAGGGUCUCCUGGAGGAGAUGGGAGCUCAGGCUCUGACCACGCUGUCCUACCAGCCUCCUGAAGCCGUUCUCCAGACUAUAGACGCUGUCACCCACGGCGACGUGGUCCAGGCUGCGAAAAAAUUUGUGGACGGUAAGAAGACGAUGGCAGCGAGCGGACACCUGGUGAACACACCGUUUGUGGAUGAAGUAUGAAGAUAACGGUCCAUUUUAACUCGCUGCCUGUUUGCUUUAAAGGACAUCAAAGCCUCAGCUUCCUUCAACAAUCAUUGAUUUCACCGAUCAUUUGUUGUCUAUCCUGCAGUACGUUUAACUGGGAGCCGCAGAGUCACAAUGCAAUAUCUGUUUGGUUGUUUUGUCAAUUUAACUGUAUAUCUAUGUAAAUUAAAGACGGUCAUAACAACUUU